AUCGUCCAAACAGCUGUUUGUAGUCAACAUUAGGAAGUAAAGUGACAGGCGUUCCGUCCUUGCAGUUUGUUUUUACUUUUUUUAGCGAUGGUCAGGUCCUAAGUUUACAUCAAAGAUGGGCAUGUGUUCUUCGUGUUUCAAGGGCUCAACUGACGAAGUCAGCAUCGUGAAUCCGCCCGCUGAAAUGCGCCGUAAAUUACAACAGGAGGCUGCCGAACGCCGCCGCCUGGAAAAUGAGAAUCGUGGCAUCAAAGACCCCGAUAAGGUGCGUCGUCAGCAGUUGCGUGCGGAAGAGGUGGAACGCCGCGAGGAAGAAGCUUGGCGUAGCGGCGGCGGCCAACCAAAUCUCAGGUGGCAAACAACUUAACUGCCAGGAAUUUCUUGUUACAGGUGUAAGAUUUGUAAAGUGUAUUUGGAAUGUUUUAUUAAUAUAUUUCUAAUUAUGUGCGGGUAA